GUGGCUGGAAAUGUUUCAGCCAGAGUUGGACAGGCUUACUCUUGUGAAGAGAAAAUCUUUGGUCACUGAAUCUGUGGAACAGGCAGUGGAUUAAAAGCUGUGGUUAUGGUCAUUAUAUUAACAAGUUAGCUACUCAAAAGUUGUAUCUCUAACCUAAAUUCACGAUCCGGAAAGAAGUUCUUUAGUGCUACAUGAAGUGAGGGAGGUAGGUUUUCUUGCUCUGUUUCCUGACUUGCGCCCAAAGGAAUUUGCUGCAGUAUGCUGUGGGAGAGCAUGCAGUAAAGCUGAGCGGCUGCUAUAGCAGAAGAUCUGGAUCACCAACAAAAAGUGCCUUUGAGAACAUAUCCUCGACUUAAAGUUGGUCCGUCUACAUUGCCGGCCUACGCUUUCAUUAAGGCCAGACUCAAGCACCAACGCAGGAUACCUCAGCUGCAAGUCCUUUGCCACCACUCUGAACCACAACAACACCUUAAAACACUGAAAUAGAGUCACAAUAUAAGAGGACAAAUAAUAAUAAUGACCUCCGAAUGUAUGACUAAAGUGACAAGUCUUCAUUAAAUUUCCCCCACUUGUCUGAUAUUUAUGGUCACCAUCAUUUGUGGAAUACCCUCUUGAAUGUGUCAGAAACAAAUGCACAUCUGCAGUGUUUCCUCUUUCCUUUUGAUGGGUGAUUUCUCAGUGAUUGGCCAGCCAUCUGAUCAUUCUACUCCGGCUGAUGGAGGACUCACCAGGUUGUUUUAAAAGAGGACUUUGCACAUAAAGCCAACCCCACAGCUUUCGGUGUACGAGGCACAAUAGAUUAACUUAAAACAUUUAAUUUAUGAUUAUAACCUUUGGUCAUGGCGAUGAACAUUUCUUCAGUAAGAGACACAAAAUGGCUAACUCUGGAAGUCUGUCGACAGUUUCAGCGAGGAAACUGUUCACGCAGUGAUGAGGAAUGCAAAUUUGCUCAUCCACCGAAGAGCUGCCAAGUUGACAAUGGGAGAAUUGUUGCCUGCUUUGACUCACUGAAGGGCCGAUGCUCAAGAGAAAACUGCAAAUAUCUUCACCCUCCUUCACACUUAAAAACCCAGUUAGAGAUAAAUGGGCGCAACAACCUCAUCCAGCAAAAGACAGCAGCAGCCGUGCUUGCCCAACAGAUGCAGCUCAUGAUCCCAGGACCCAGCCUGCAGCCUAUGCCAACAUUUCAUGUUACACAGGGGCUGGGCUCAAAUUCCGGUCUCGGUUAUGGUUCAUACAUGACACCUAUGAGCCACGGAAUGAGCCUCAUCCCAACAGACAACCUCUCCAGCACCCCGGUUCUUGUUUCUGGGAACCCUUCUGUCGCGGUCCAGAGCUCCUCCUCCUCCUCCUCCUCUUCCUCUUCCUCUUCUCCCUCACAGAAGCUGCAGCGUACAGACAAACUAGAGGUGUGCCGCGAGUUUCAGCGCGGAAACUGUGCAAGAGGGGAGACAGAUUGCCGCUUCGCUCACCCCAGUGACAGCCCAAUGAUUGACACCACAGAUAACACUGUCACUGUUUGCAUGGACUACAUCAAGAGCCGCUGCUCCAGGGAGAAGUGCAAGUAUUUUCACCCGCCUGCACACUUGCAGGCCAAAAUCAAAUCCAGUCAACAGCAAGGCAAUCACACAGUCGUGGCAGCCCAGGCCGCAGCUGCAGCCAUGACUCAGUCGACUGCCAAAGCAAUGAAGCGAUCCCUCGAGGCAACUGUAGACCUGGCCUAUCCCUACAGUAUUCCCCUACCAAAGAGACAAGCUUUUGAGAAGAGCAGCUGGGCCAACUCUCUUCUCAGCCCCAGUUUUUUGCACUACCAACAGGCUCUGGCCAACUCACAGCUGCAGCAGCAACAUGCUGCGUUUUACCCCCACGGUUCUGUCUUCUGCAUGACUCCCGCUAACAGCAUGGUCCCCAUGAUGUACAGUGCUGCGCCUGCUAGUGUCUCUGCAGCAACUACUCACGCCACAAGUCUCCCCUACGCAGCAACCGCGCCAGCACCAACCAAUCAGAUCAUCCUCAAGUAACCACCAGAAACGGAAGUCUGUGCCAUGUGGCUGCUGUUAAAGACGCCAAACAACUGCUCUGUAAAUAUUCUGUUAACACCACACACAACCUACAACAAGCUGCAUGCUGAUAACAUGUGAUAGACAUUGCUUUGAUCUCUCAUAAUAAAUUACAUAGCUCAAUUAUUAGGAUUAUACUGUGUUAUAAAAGAUAGAAGUGUCACAGAAGAUCAUUGUAUGCACGGACCUUUGCACCCACAUGAACUUGCAUCCUCAGCAAUGUGUAUAAAAUCCUGGUUUCUAUUUCCUAAACGAACUCUGACAACGUCAGAAGUGCAUUUCGCCUCUUAAUCAGAUGAAAUGCAAUGUGUCUACAGUUCACAUAUAGGAGCCUCAUACAUAAAAGUUACCUUUUCUGAAUAAACCCAACCAGGAAACACAUGGAAAUUACACAAAAACAGGCAGUACAGAUACAGUAGUAACACCUUAAUAUUAACUGAUAUGGAAACAAACUUACAGAUUAUAAUUAUGUAAAUAUUACAAGAGGAAGACAUAAGCAGGACAGAUAUUAUCUAAAAGUCAUACAUGUUAAGACCAUGUGAAAAGGAGUCCUAUAUGAGAGAUUGUUCAAAUUGUACCCUCAAGAUAUUGAGCAACAACUUGUUUUUCCUUUCUUGAAUGUGUAAUGUAAACUUUUUUUUUAAUUAAUGAUUGUUUAUCUAGUGCCAGCUUUAAUUAUUUCAAACUAACUAAAAACACACCACAUUGUAAAGAUUACAAUAGUUUCCUUUAAAAUGUUGUUGGUCCAUCCAUAUUGUUUACCCUGUCGGCCUCUGAGAACAGGAUCAGUGCUCCACCUCCUGGUGUGCCUUUGCAUUGCAUACACGGUAUGUUUGCUGAGGCAAAAUACUGUAUAAUCCAUUUGCUGCAGAUACGUUUUCUUUAAGGCAGUAAAGCAACAAUGAUUCAAACAUUUAGAUUUUCUCUUUAUUAUAAAAAAAACUACAUUUGGAUUAUCUUGUCACAGAGACGGUUGACUUGUUGAUGUAUAUGUAAGUGGUUUGGACUUCUGGAGCCAGUUUCACAAAGAUAGACUUUGGUUUAGGUCAAACUGAGUCAGAUGUCAGAUGUCUAAUUGUAUCCCUUGCACAAAGUUAUCUAGUUCUUUCUUAUCUUAAGUAAAUUUCUUACAGAGUAACCUCAUAAAUCCGCUCAGCAGAAAAUACUUUGAUUCAAAAGUUACAAGGACAUUUACCUGGGAAACUUCUGCAAAGAGUGUAAAAAAAAAACAUCCGGUCGUAUAAAAUCUCAGUAAAGUGUCGAGCUGAGAAGUGGCUUCUUGAUGUGGCCGGGCUCAGUCCUUCUGCUCACUCGUCAAAACACUAAAAUAUCUUCUCUUUCUCAUUACUCACUUCGCAAUAAUGUUAGAAAAACAUCAAAUAUGAGCCAUUAUUUCCCCUUCUUUGGUAGUUUGGUGCCACCGGUCAGCAGGUGUCACUGAUUGUUACCAUGGAAUUAUCACAGGGGGGCUAACUUGUUCAGGUUAAAAUAAGCCCAUCUUUAUUUUUGUGAGAAAAUUAGCAAAUUAAGGUCUGGCCUAACUCUCAAAUGUUUUUGUGAAACCGGCUCCUGCUUCAACUUGGGCAGAUAGAAGUUAACUCCACUUAAAUUACUCAACUUAAAUUAUUAAAUUACUACUGUUUAUAUUCAAACUAAAGUUCCUGUAAUCGUAUAAGAGAUGAGUUGAGUAGUGUGUGAACUGUUAGUCUUAAUGUUACAAUCAGUUGUCAGUACUGUAAUAUCUGAAUGUUAUAAGUGCCUGAAGAAUUGUGCAGAUGAGGAUAUAUGUGCAUAUUUAAAAGGCUUUGUGUGAAAAAUCACUACGUUAAAUCUACUCUGCUUAAGUCACAUUUAGAAAGAAAUGUUUUGCAAAGCUUUGUUAGUGCAUUAGUCAUUUGAUUUUCACUGACGCUCAAACUUGUAUGAGUGUACUAUGUAUGAGAGUUACUAUCCAGCUUAAUUUCAUUAGUUCCAGUUUAAGAUUAAAAGUGCUUCAUGCACUGUAAAAUACUUUAUGUAGUAAAGUAGAAUUUUAAAGAGGUUGAGGUUUCGUGAAGUUAGGUUGUGUUUGGUUGAUACCACAUUAUGCAACGACCCUACUUUGUUUGAAAGUGACAGCAGGCGGACUGGGUAUUGUGUCUGGUUUAGUGAAAACAAAACGGAUGUAAAUCACUCAUAUUUGUUACGUUCUCUUAUACACCUUUCAUGUACAUUUGAGUUCCCUGUUUUAAAAACGGCUUCUGCGGAUAUCAACCUUUCCUUUUAAUGUUUCUGAUGUCUUUUCAAGUGACUCAUAUAAGGUUUUUUUUGUUCUUCUUUUUUUAUGAAAACGUGUGCGUGUACACUUGUGUGAUUUAACUCAGACAAUCCACCAAGAGAUAUUGUUCACUUUUUUUCUUUUUCAUUUGUCGUGAAAAGGUUCAUACAUUAUAGGUUUGAAUAUAAGGAGUAUACUUGCAUAUGUUAAUAGUUCAACAUUAGAAAAGAACACUUUUAAAAUGUAAUCUCUUCUAUUUUAUGAUGAAUGUAAUUUAUUAAACUGACUUUAGCUCCGCUGGAGGUUCUUCAAAGGGCCUUGAUUGUUGUAUUAGCCUAUGAUAAGCCGUCUUGUGUCCAGGGAUCUAAUGUUGGAGCAAAGAGAAGCUAUAUUUCAUCCCUGUCACUGCCUUGUCACCUGUGAGGGACAACAGCCUUCGUCUGAGCAAGGCCAUAGAAUUGCUUUUUAUGUACAAAAGUGAAUUGUACAGGCCACAUUUUACGGAAAGUAACUUUCAUAAUAGUGUAAUAAUAGUUUGUCAUUUAAUUGUGUUGUUGGAGCAAUCUGAAGUCGCAGUGAUUAAAACUAUGUUUGAAGGGGAUGACAUUGUUUUUUUCCGCCUCACAAAAACACAUUAGAUUGUACUUUCAGAUGUUUGACUUUAUGACGCCAUGGUGAAACACUGGAAGUGAUCCAGUGCAUGAGAAUAUAUUUUGAAAUGUGACUUUUGUGUUUGGGUACCACUGCAUGUUAACAUCUUGCAGCAAACAUAUAAUCCACACUCAGAGAAUCUGCAGUCAGGUGAUCUGGAGUUUACGGUUCAGCAGCUGUUUGAACCUUAAUUCUCUUUUCAUAAUAUGAUUGCUUUCAAAGUUUAGGUUAUUAUUAGAUUCAUGACAUGUUUUCCCCUAUUUAUUUUACCUGCAAAUAAACACAUAGAACCGAAUGUUUGUUUUCACCUUUUGGCAAAUAAGCUUGAAUGUCAUGGAUCCACCUGCACAUGGAAGUUGUUUGAGAUUUAGAUCACCCAGUCAAAAAGAUGUGGACAGUAAGAAUGUUUGGUCAGACUUCACUUUCUCAACAGGACAUGCUUUUUGUGAACUUUGCCUUAUCUUUAAUCUGUUCCUGAAUUUGUAUUUGUUUAGUAAUUAUUAGUUAUAUAUUGUCUAAUAAGUAAAAUACAUUUAACUGAACUUUUCUGGGAAAUUAUUGUAAGACAAGUUUUGAGUUUGAGGCCAAAAUGACAGUUUGUAAAAUAAACCCUAAAAUGAUCCUGAGAGGACUAGCAUCAAUUCUAAUCACAUGGCGAAAUAUGCCAGUACCAUUCUGUUCAAUCCAGUCCUGAAUAUAAACUGUCCCCUCUUUCUUUUUUUUAAAAACUUAUUUUAUUUGUGUAUAAUUAAACAUUUCAUGUUGAUAGUUCUGCUUCUGUAAAUUCAAAAUGGUGUAAUAUCUAAUAUUGCAAAUAAAUGUCAGUUAAAUGCUG